AUGGAGGACUGGGAGCACCGAAUCAAUGCCACUUGCAAAGCACACAGCCUUCAAUCACGACUUUACAUCCAACAGUCUGAUUCAAUCGACAUCGCGUUGCUUUGUAGGCUGCGCCGGUGCGAUAUUCAGAAAGGAGGAGGCGAAGAAGGAAAUACAUUGGCACGUGGUGCGUUGAAAUUCCUUCCCGCUGGGCUGAACAUCUCCUAA